GUAAAUGCAAAAAAAUUCAUUCUAAUGUGAGCAGCACCUCCUCCCCGCCCCCCAUAGGUUGCCAUGCACGUUGCUAAGGCGGAAAUUACAGCGACAAAAGAAUGGGAUUCCAAGGCACGUACACCCAGCUGUCCUUACGUAAGCAGCGGAAGAGCGUAUCCUCCAGGAAGAGGCGGAGUCGAGGGGUCGCAGCAGCCGCCGGGGUCUCCGCUGUCUCGCGAGGAGGGUGAAGCGCCCCCGCCUGCUCCCGCUCCUGAGGCCCGGCGGAGAAGUCGCCGGGUACGCCUUCGCGGAUCCUGUCGUCACCGCCCUAGCUUCCUGGGCCGCCGGGAGCUUGCCACGAGCGCCCCAGCUCGGCCUGCGCCGGCAUCCUCCGAGAUAAUGGCAUCAGCCGCUAAGGAAUUUAAAAUGGACAACUUUUCACCUAAAGCUGGCACUAGCAAAUUGCAACAGACAGUACCAGCUGAUGCAUCUCCUGAUUCUAAGUGUCCUAUAUGCUUGGAUAGGUUUGAUAAUGUGUCUUAUUUAGAUCGCUGUUUACACAAGUUCUGUUUUCGCUGUGUACAGGAGUGGUCUAAAAACAAAGCUGAAUGUCCACUGUGUAAACAGCCCUUUGAUUCUAUCUUCCAUUCUGUGAGGGCAGAAGAUGACUUCAAGGAGUACGUCCUAAGGCCUUCAUAUAAUGGUUCUUUUGUCACACCUGAUGUUCGAAGGUUCCGCUAUCGUACAACUAUGACCAGAGACCGAAGUGCUUCUGUUUAUUCACCCAGUAGUACCAUGAAUAGAAGAACAACAAGUCCACCAGAUAGUGGGGUACUAUUUGAAGGAUUAGGUAUUUCAACAAGACCUAGAGAUGGUGAAAUUCCUCAAUUUAUGAGACAGAUUCCAAGGAGGCCAACUACAGCAGAUGAAAGAUCUUUGCGGAAAAUUCAAGAACAGGAUAUUAUUAAUUUUAGGCGAACUCUCUAUCGUGCUGGUACUCGUGUUAGAAAUAUUGAAGAUGGUGGUCGCUACAGGGAUAUUUCAGCUGAAUUUUUCCGUAGAAAUCCAGCUUGUCUUCACAGAUUAGUCCCCUGGUUAAAACGUGAACUUACAGUUCUUUUUGGAGCUCAUGGAUCUUUAGUGAAUAUAGUGCAGCACAUCAUCAUGAGUAAUGUUACUCGAUAUGACUUGGAGAGUCAGGCAUUUGUAUCUGAUUUAAGGCCAUUUUUACUUAAUCGGACUGAGCAUUUUAUACAUGAAUUUAUCAGUUUUGCUCGAUCUCCUUUUAACAUGGCAGCCUUUGACCAGCACGCUAAUUAUGAUUGCCCUGCUCCUUCCUAUGAAGAAGGUAGCCAUUCUGAUUCUUCAGUCAUAACAAUAUCUCCAGAUGAAGCUGAGACCCAAGAGCUGGAUAUUAAUGUAGCCACUGUUAGUCAGGCACCAUGGGAUGAUGAAACUCCAGGGCCAUCUUAUUCAAGCUCAGAGCAGGUACACGCUGCCAUGUCUUCCCUUUUAAAUACUUCUGACAGUUCAGAUGAAGAACUUGUACCGGGAAGAGCCACGUCUCAGAUACAAGGAGUACAAACCAAUGAAGACCUAAAUAAUGACAGUGAUUCUUCUUCGGAUAAUUGUAUCAUUGUUGGGUUUGUUAAACCACUAGCUGAGAGGACCCCAGAACUUGUUGAACUGUCCUCCGAUUCUGAGGAGUUAGGUUCUUAUGAGAAAAUGGAGACAGCGAAGACACAAGAACAAGAACAGUCUUACAGUUCUGGUGAUAGUGAUGUUAGUAGAUGUUCAUCUCCACGCUCUGUCCUUGGAAAGGAUGAGCAAGUAAAUAAAGAUCAUUGUGAUCCUGGUACAAGAAUCAAAUCAAAGAAGGAAGAGAAACGGUCUACAUCAUUGUCCUCUCCCAGAGACCUGAGCUCAUCUAUCAGAGGAGACAGAGUAUAUUCCCCAUAUAACCACAGACACAGAAGGAGGGGAAGAUCGAGAAGUUCUGAUUCACGUUCCCAGAGUAGAAGUGGGCAUGAUCAGAAGAAUCGUAGAAAGCAUCAUGGGAAGAAAAGAAUGAAAAGAAAACGAUCCAGAAGCAGGGAGAGUAGCAGACCUAGAGGUAGGAGAGACAAAAAAAGAUCAAGAACUAGAGAUAGUAGUUGGUCGAGAAGAAGCCAAACUCUGUCUCUAAGUAGUGAAAGCACAAGCAGAUCGAGAUCUCGUAGCAGUGAUCAUGGUAAAAGAAGAUCGCGGAGCAGAACUAGAGAUCGUUAUUAUUUAAGAAAUAAUUAUGGAAGCAGAUAUAAGUGGGAGUAUACUUACUAUAGUAGAAACAAGGAUAGGGAUGGCUACGAAUCAUCUUACAGGAGGAGGACUCUAUCCAGAGCUCAUUAUUCCAGACAAUCUUCAAGUCCAGAAUUUAGAAUGCAAUCCUUUUCUGAAAGAACAAAUGCUAGGAAAAAAAAUAAUCACAGUGAAAGGAAGUAUUACUACUAUGAAAGGCAUAGGUCAAGGAGUCUAUCUAGUAAUAGAUCGAAGACUGCAUCUACAGGGCCUGACCGGGUAAGAAAUGAAAAGCCUGGAGGGAAACGAAAAUACAAAACACGGCAUUUGGAGGGUACGAGCGAAAUGGCUCAACCAUCUCGUGAAUUUGCUUCUAAAGUAAAGGAAGGUCAUUACCAAAAGUCUUCAUCAAAAUUGGAUGGAAACUACAAAAAUGAGACUGACAGCUUUUCAGAUAGCCGAUCAUCAGACAGAGAGACAAAAUACAAGAGGAGAAAAAGGAGGGCUCGGAGCCUAAGUGUAGAGAUAGUUUAUGAAGGGAAAGCUACAGAUACAACUAGACAUCAUAAAAAGAAAAAGAAGAAGCAUAAGAAGAAGCAUAAGAAACACCAUGGAGAUAAUGCUUCACGUUCCCCAGUUGUAAUUACCAGUGACAGUGACAGUGAUAAGGAUUCUGAAGUAAAGGAGGGUACCGAAUGUGACAAUAGUGGUCCUCAAGACCGUCUGCAAAGUGAGUUUUUGGCUCCUUUAGAAACAUUUGAAACUGAAGAUAUAGUUACAAUAGAAGAUGAACUUGGUGUCCUGGACAAAGAGUGUGAUAUUACCACACUUAAUAACAACUUAAAUAACACUCACAAAACUGUAGAUAAUAUGUCACUCCAGGCAGCAUCAAUUGAACAGAUUCUUGAUGUAAGAGAAGAGAGCACCUUUGCCUCUGAUUUGGAGAAUCAGCCCACUAAUCUCUCUGUCCAAACUGAGCCAUCAAGGCAGUUGCCAUCUCCACAGACAUCAGUGUCAGUGUCUCUUGUUAGAGACCAUGAUAUGUCUUAAAAUUGCCAAAGCAUCUCAUUGAGAAUUUUGCUGGUAUAAAAAGGAAAAAAGAACAACAUCAUCUACUUCAGUCUAUUUAAAGAUGACUUUUGGUGAAAACUCUUUUCCCCCUUAAAAAUAUUUUAAGUGUUUUUUUUUUUGUGUGUGUGUUAAAAAUUUGUAAAAAUUAUUUGUUGAAAAAGUAUGUAUGUCCCACCCUCAGAGAUAUGCACUUUUAAGUGAAAAAAAAAACAAAUGAUAUUGCUAGCAGUUUAUUUAAAACUUGGAUCCUUUUUAAAUAAAAAUUAUAAAUUUUAGAAGUUAUUUCAUAAAGCCAUAUGGUAUUGACAUAUUUUUAAAGUAGUCAAGGAGUAUUUUUGAAUUUUUUUUUUGAGAGUUAUUCUGGAAAUAUGUUAUAAACUAGGAGAAUCCCUUUGGACAGUCUUUAUUUUUCUUCUUAAAAAUUUGUAUGAUUCAAAACCACUUCUUCAGGUUAAAAUGAGGCAUUUUAAUCUACAGUUUAUCUUGAUGUCUGCCAAAAGAAAAGUUUAAAUAUUUUUUUAUAUACUUGUUUAUCUGGACUGCCAGUAAAACAAAUGUAUAUUCAACAAAAGAAAAAAUAAAACAGUAACAUUUUAAAACAAGAAUCCAGACAUUUUCCUAUGCAGUAUUGAUAUAUUUUUUAAGUGAGUUAUUUUAGUGAAAAUAAUUAAGGAUAUACUUAUGUCAUAAAUACAAACUUCAGGUGAGCUGCAUUUAACUUUACAGUUUUAAUGAUUUAGUUCUUUAAUCUGAUUAUGAAGUAUAUAUUAUUUGCUUUCUAUAUUCAGAAAAAUGAGUUAUGUAGCAUUUAGAUAACUAAAUACAAAUGAAAAAACCCUUGCCAGACUUCUCUAUUGGUAGUUUAGUUCUUUUACACAAAGUGACUGUUUAUGUUUUAUCCUGUUUUAGAGAUGAUAAAAUUGUUCUACAUCUAUAACCUGAUGAAGGAUUGCAGUGAACAGCAGAACUUGGAUUAAAUCUAAAUUUAGCCUACAAUUUGCCUUGCUACCAUAUUUAUUCAUUAUUCAACAGAAAUUGGAAUGCCAGCUGUGUGGCAGGUUCUGUACUAAGUUCUUGGGGAUUUAGUGAUAGAACAAAGCAGACAGAUAUGCUCCCUGCCCGUGUGUGUGUACGUACGUAUGUGUAUACACAUAUAUAACACUAUAAGUCCUCUGGACAGAAAGUAUAAUUUACUAUAAAAGCAUACAAUCUAAUAUCCUAUAAUUCACCACUCCCCCAGCUUUGAUCCUAAUCUAAGAUGCAUCAUCUCUCCCAUGGACUAGUACUUUUGCUUCUUACCUAGUUACUUUGCUUCCACCCUUGGCCCACCUACCCCGCAGUUCGCUCCACAGUGAUCCUUUAAAAACAUGAAAGCAUGUUAUUUCCUUUCUCAAAAUCCUGCAAUGGUUCCCCAUCAUAUUUAGGAUCAAAACCAAAGUCCUUAUCUUGGUCUGUCAGGCCUUAACAGCAACUGCUGUGGUCAUCUGUCUCCUCUCUUUCCCCAGACCACUCCACUCCAGCACCUUGCUCACCUCCUGUUCUUUGCAGACUCAGUUCACUCCUCCUUUGGGCCUUGGCACUUGCUCUUCCUUUGGGUAGAAUGUUCUUCACCCAAAUGGCAUGCUCUCUCACUUCAUUUAGGUCUUCCUGAUCAACUCAUCUAAUAUCAGCACUCCCCAUUAUUCUUUAUUCCCUUCAUUUCUCUCCGCUUAUUACUACCUAAUAUCUAUUUUCUUUGUCUCCCACACUAGAAUGUGAUAAACUCUAAACCUGUCUUCUCCAUUUCAUGUUCGCAGUUGCUUAAACCUGAUAACCUGGAAUGUAGCUUUGUUUUUUUUUUUCCCCUCUUUCCGCUGCCACUUACUCAAUCUAACCUCUAAAAUAUACCUCAAGCAAUUCACCUCUUUCUUACACUCUCCAAUGCCACUGUUCUUGUCUGUGCUCUCAUCAUCUCUCACUUGAGUCAUCUACCAACUGAUCUACUAGUUCUGCACAAGAGGCAGAGGUCUUUUCACAAAAGUGAUCAGAUUAUGGUAUGUACUUCUUGCUUAAAACCCUGCCAUGUGUUCCCAUAGCACUUCAUUCCUCGCCUCACAAGGCUCUGUUUACCUAUUCAGCAACACUGCAUAUCAUUUACCCCUUGUUCAUGAAGUUCCAUUCUGCAAGUGUUUUCACUUUGUGACGCAUUUGUGCUAUCGGUCCCCCUUUAUGCAACCCCCCACACUGCUUUUUUUGAAUAGUUCAUUCUCAUGCUUAAGGAUUCAGUUGAAAUGUGACCUACUCAGAGAUAUUCCCCUACCACUACAUUAAAAUAAGUUCUUUCCCAACCUCCAUUUCUCUCAUGACUCUAUUUACUUUCUUCGUAUCACUUCACAUUUGGCAAUUAAUUAUUUGUGGUUUUACAUUAUUAUUGUCUAUCUUCUUCCUCACCAUCAGACUCUAAGCUUAUGAGGGAAACUUUUUCACUCAUCUCCAUAUACCCAGUACAUUUCACAAUACCUGGCAUAUAGCAGAUGCUCUGUAAAUGUGUUGGGUAAAUCAAUGCCCAGGUGAGGAGAGGGUCUAAGACAAGAGUUCUUUCUUCUCACUAUUUUUGUGACACUCCCCUUCUUCUCUGGCCUUGGUAAAAUUUUACCUACAAAUCUGCCAAAUGAUUUCCUUUCUGGGACUUCAGUUCUUUUAGAUUCAGUCUACACUAUAACUGCUGAUGUUUAAUAAAUCCCCUUAUUCAAGGCUAUGUUAUUUCCCACUGUUAGCAUAAAGGAGGCAUGGAUUUAUUUUUUUAAAGGAAUUUUGGAUCUGAUUUCUUUCUCUUAGUUAAAAAUCCAAAACCAAGUAUUGGCAGAAUAGCUUGUAUGAUAGGUAACAGUUAUAAAAAUGGACAAAACAUAAAGAACAAGUACUUGAAGACACUGGAGAAAAAUCAAAAGGCAGAAACUGGAAGGAAUUAGACCAUUGAAAGUUAGGUCCUGCAUGAAAACUACAUAUAUUUAUGGCUUUUCUUCUGAGGGUCCUCCCCAGUCCACAUGGAAGUUAGAACACAAGCAGAAAGCCAUAGUCAUUGAAUUAGAAGAUGAACUCUGGCGCUGCCAGAGUGAUGAUACUGGGGGAAAUUUCAGAAAGAAAGGAAACAAAGGGGAAACGCUACAAUUUGUAUAUAACUUUCACUCAACUCCUUAGCUGACCUUGAAACAAACAUGCAUGGGAGAUUCCGAGGAGCCCAGGUAAGCAGUAGCUGGAAGGCUGAAAGAGCUCAUCAGACAUCAGCUGCCACCACAGGGAAAACAGAAUUUGGAGUUACUGAGUUUCACCAACUUAACAAGGGCAGGGAAAACAGGGCUUUUCACUGAAACCCCUACUGAGCCACACCUUUGCAGUAAAGACCAUGACCCAGGACUAAGGGAUUCACCUUGCACUAAGGGCACAGCUGAACAGACCCACCACAAUGUAAAACAAAGCUACAAAUUCAAAAUGAGUAGCUGGUAAAUUAUCAUGCUAGAACAAAAGCAACACUCCCCAGUGUAAAAUGAUAGAAUCUAGAGAUUCUAUAGCAUAGCUAUAAUGUCCAGUAUAAAACAAAAUUACUAGACGUGAAGGUACCCAUAGUCAAGAAAAAGCAGUUACAAAAAACAUACUUUAAAUAAUCCACAUGAUGAAAUUAGAAGACAAAGACUUUAAAGACGCUAUUAGAAAUAUGUACAUGAACUUAAAAGAGGGUUAUAUUAAUGAACAGAUGGAGGUUCUCAGCUGAGAAAUAGAAAAAGAAGCAACGAAAGUCUCCAAAUUUUUAAAAACAGUAUUUGAAAUGAAAAAUUCACUGUAAGCCUUACCAAUACAUUGGAGAAGCCAGAAGGGAAAUGACUUCAGAUAGAAACCGGUAUUUACAGAUAAGAAUGAAUAUCACCCGAAGUGGUAAAUAGAUGGGAAAAUAGAAAAGACUAUAAUUUUCUUAUUUAAAAGACAACUGACUUUUUACAAUAAAGUUUGUAACAUUGUAUUAUGUGGUUCGUUAGAUCUAGAGAAGUAAAAAUUAUGACUAGCACAAAGGAUGGACUGGGGUAGAUGGCAUUAUGUGGUUGCAAGGAUCUUAAAUUUUACCUGGUACGAUACAAUAAUUCUAAGUAGACUGAUAAAAUCUAAGGAUGAGAGAGAGGCAUGUAGCUAAAAGAAUACAGUCAUGGGCUCAUGACAAUGUAUAGUCAACAAUGGUCUACAUAUAUGACGGGUCCCAUAAGAUUGUAAUGGAGUUGAAAACUUCGUAUUGUCUAGGGAUGUCAUAGUUGUAACAUUGGAGCACAAUGCAUUCUUGUGAUGCUGGUGUAAACAAACCUGCGCUGCCAGUCAUAUAAAAUGAUAGCAUAUACAAUCUUGUACAGUGUGUACUAAUGAUAAAUGACUGUGGCUAGUUUUUGUAUUUACUGCACUAUAUAUUUUAGGGUGCACUCUUUCUACUUAUAUAAAAAAAGUUUGCUGUAAAACAAUAUGUUGUGUUAUACCAGCAGCAGCCUCAUCCAGCUUGUGUUUACUGUGUCUCUUGAUGGCAUCCUUUUCUCUAGUGCUUGAUUUAAUCUCGUGUUGUUUUGUACAGUAACAUGUUGCAUAGGCUUGUAGCAUAGGAGCAACAGGCUAUACCAUGUAGCUUAGGUGUGUUAUAGAUUAUACCAUCUAGGUUUGUGUAAGUGCAUUCUAUGAUGUUCGCACAAUGAUAAAAUUGCCUGACAAGG